ACUCAGGUGUCUGCAGUGACAGCUGGGAUGAACUGGUGGCCCUCAUGUUUUGUGAUCCUGAUGGGGAUGGAGACAGGGAUGGUGUGGGCAUCCUGUGCUUGGUGCCAGCACCGUGAUGGAGCGCUGCCCUGAGCACACUGCUGGCUGCAGUCCCAUCCCUGUCCCCAUGUUGUGGUGGCUCGAGGCACAGGGGUAUCCCUUCCAGGAAGGAUGCGAGACAUCCCUGUGGGUGCUCUGCAGCUGUUCCCUGCUCCCUGCCCCAAAACCGCGUUCUGUGGUGUGGGGCAGCAGUGCCAACACACAGCCUAUCCCCGUGGCGUUAAUCCUGACACCCCCUCCCCAUGCACGCACACGCUCCCACCCUCCCCGCCACCAGCGCUGGGGGAAGGACACUAGAUUACCCGUUUGAGAAGAAGGGACUUAAUCCUAUUAUCCCCGAAGAGGAUAAAUCUGCCGGCCCUCAGCCGCCACCCAGAGCGCCCAGAGGACGCGUGGAGUGGGCUGGAGGGAGUCCUUUGGAGCAGCACUGGCCUUGGGGACGGUGUGAGGAGCCACCCCAUACCAGCACCAGAGCCACAGGGACAGCUGUGACGUGGGGCGGGCUGCUAGCCCUGCUACAGCUAUGAGCUUGGAGCCCCACAAACCGGAGCUCAAGUCAGCCACCAGGGUGACUGGGGGACCCGCCACCCCCCGAAAAGGACCGCCUAAGUUCAAGCAGAGGCAGACACGACAAUUCAAGAGCAAGCCACCCAAAAAAGGGGUGCAGGGGUUUGGCGAUGACAUCCCAGGCAUGGAGGGACUAGGAACAGAUAUCACCGUGAUCUGCCCUUGGGAAGCCUUCAGCCACCUGGAGCUGCACGAGCUGGCCCAGUACGGCAUCAUCUAGGCUGGUAAUGGCCACCACCACUUGCCCUAUAGCAGCGCUUUCUUAGAAACAGCCCCAUC